GCGAUUGUCGCUGCGCGAGGUCCUCAGACGCUCGCGGACAGCGAGGGGCCGCCCACUGCCUUCGAGUCCCGCAUGGAGGCUGUGAGCGAGGAGGGGGCGGGCCUGCCGCCCAGGUCCGCGACGGCGCCGUCUUCGCCAGUCGUGGCCGCCGUGCCGAGGCACGCCGAGCUCGCGGCUACCAUGGUCGAUGACGAGCUAUCGACGGUGCCAGGCUCUCCGCAGCCGCACUCUCCCGCUGGGCCCCGCCCGCUGGUUGCCGACUCGGGGCAGGCGUCGGACGUGCUGGAUUUGAGGUCGGAUCGCCCACUUCCGACGAGGACGGCCAGCUGCCCGCCUGGUCGCCUGGGAGAUGCCCUGCGGGAUGUGGAGCAGCUGGCACAGCAGCAGCCAUCCCCUCGCGUUAUCCGUGGCUUGACCGCUGCAGUCGGCGAGGUUGCAGCAACGCUCCCAGCGGCGAUCGACGCCUUCCGCGCAGCCGCGGCGCUUGGCGCCGCUGAGGGGCCCGCGACAGGUUCGGCGCCCGCUGCGGUUCAGGCGCCCGCAGCGGCACUAGCGCCCGACGCGGCGCCAACGCCGUCCGUCGCGGCUCCGCCGGCGCCCGCCACGGCACCGACGCCAGCCGCCGCGGCGCCGACGCCAGCCGCCGCGGCGCCGACGCCAGCCGCCGCGGCGGCGGCAGCCGCUUCGCCUCCGCCCGCGGCGUCUGCCGCGCCCGCGCCGGCGCAGGUGGAGCUGCUGGGGGCCGCCUGCCCGGCCGCCCAGGCAUCGGUCGACGCCGCCUCAGCGCUGGACGAGCCCAUGGCGCAGCAGUGCCCGCCAGGUCGUUCGCCGGAGGACGUCAGAGACGUGGCCGACGAGUUGGAGGACGCCUUGAGUGACCUCUUGGACGACUGGGAGCCGCCCGCAGAGGUGCCAGCUGAUGGCGCAGCAGACCGACAGGCCCACCUCAGUGUUGUACUUGCGCCAGUCAGUGAACCAGCCGACUCGGUGCUCGUCACCGCCGAGCCCGCGGCGCAGGACCUCGCAGACGACGACUUCUUGGACUUGGGCACCAUCGCCGCGGCCUUCGCGAACAUUGGGGUGUCACCAGGCGCUCAGCUGGGCGGCCCCGAGCCCGAGUUUGACCCCGCGCUGGCGCUGCGCUUUGCGAUGACUGGCAUGAUGUCGAAGCUGCCCCACCUUGACAAGAUGCGCCUGCACCAGGGCCUCAAGCGCAUUGCUCGCGGUGGGCCAUUGCGCGUUGGUACUGGGUUCAGCGGCAGUAACGUGAUCCAGGUGGUGACUGAUGAGCUGACCGACGUUUGGAAGUCGCUCCACGCCGACGGAACCACGUUGCCCUUUGAAUAUGUGUUUCAUUGCGACAACGCCGAGUUCCCCAGGACUUUCAUAUUGGCAGAAUGGAAGCCCAUUCAUAUGUUCGAGGACAUGGAGCACAUGCGCGAGAGCAGCGCGCAGUGCAUCGUGGAAGAGUCGUUGUGCAGCAUCCCCGAUGCAGAUCUGGCAGUGUUCGGCUUCAUUUGCAAGGACAAGUCACCGCUGAAUAAGAACCGCGCCAAGUUCAAGGGUACCUGCCAGCGAGGAGACGGCCUCACUGGAACGACGUGGGUCCACGUGGAGAACUACUUGCGCGCUCAUCGGGCCCCACUCGUACUCAUUGAGAACGUUAAGCAGCUGAUGGAGGUCCCAUCAGAUGGGAAGCUGUCGGACCUGCAGCACAUCUACAGUGCCUUGCGCGACCUCGGCUACGGCGUCAGCCACGCAGUGGUCGAGGCGCUAGACCACGGGGGCCUGACAAAACGGGAGCGCUUGUUUGUGUUUGCGUUUCAGUUCGAGGGGCGCGACAACCAGUCCAUUGCAGAUGCCGCGUCGGCCGCCAUCGCGUCAUUCGUGAUCAGGGCGCGCCUCGAGGAGCCAUCGAGGCAGUGCAGUGGGCUUCCACCUUGUGCUUUAGCUCCGACAGCGGCCAUGGUCUUGGGCCCCGUGGAUGAUAUUCCCAUCGCCACAGAUCUGCACCUGAUCAAGCAGCGGACUGAGAACCGCAAUUGGGAAGGUAGUAUCUUGGACGCUUACAUGGACAUGAACAUCGGCUAUCCGCCCGACCUGGAGAAGUACGGCACCGACUUCAUUGCAGCGACCACGUCCUUGAGCACGCGCCAGGUGGAGCUCUUGGCCUUCCUCGAGGAAACGGAGCCCUGGCACGACGCACCAGAGGAGUUCCAGUUCGUUGAUAUCAACCAGUCGCUCAGCUUUCUCACGGGGAAGGAUGGUCUCCGACGCGCGUACAGGCCGUACUGCCCAGUCUUGGCAUGCACCUCAGUGGUCUUCGCUCGUAUCCGCACCAAGGCUGGCGCGAAGACCUUCCGUCUGAUCACGAACUGCCAUCUCAUGCGGCUCAUCGGCUACGGCGACCCGUCGGAGGAGUGGCCCGACAACGAGAUUGCAAAGUUGGCUGGCAACGCGUUCAACGGCUAUGCGUUGACCGCGGUACUCACGUCCAUGUUCAUCGGGGUGGGCGCCUCCAGUUGA